GUUUUUCUGAUUCACUUGUUUUUCUAAUGACCUCUCUGACGCAGAGGAGCAUCGGUUUGCGUCCACAAUGAGCACAUUGUCCAGGAUAACCUACAUGUCAAGCCUCACUUGCCAGCAGCGACCUUCCGGAGCACCCGCAAACCUAUUGUCGCUCAUUGAGCAGGGAUGCGCUGUUCUACCUACUGCUGCGCCCCUUCCAAUCAGUCCGGUCUUCAGCAAAACAAACGUUUCUUUUUCGUGGACUGUUUUGAAGAUAAUCUUCACUAACAAAUGACAUUUUGAGAAAAAUGGGGAUGAAAGUGCCGGUUAAUGCUGGAUUCUAAGUGUUUUUGCCUUCCAUUUGUCCGGUUUGAUUGAAGUAGUGCUUUGGAGGACCCUGAGCCCCCAACCCUCCCCCACCCUUUUAUUGCUGCCCCUCCUCCUGGCCCCUCCCUUUCAUUAACGCUGCAGGUCCAACGCUGGUAGACAUGUGAGUGUCUGACUUUUAGAAGAAAAACAGAGAGGCUAAUGUGUUAUGUGGACAGAACCACGCACACAGACCGGCAUGCGGGCUCUUGAAUGAAAAGGAUCAGCGCCUUCAGGUCGGAACUUUUCCAUCAAUUUCCGUUGACAGCCGAGCAAAGUGACACUCAGACAUUGUAGGUGGCUUCUCCCUUUCAUCAGCUCUGACUCUGAAUUUGAUGUUUUCUUUUUUUCCCAUUUAACUCUUUUUUUUCUUUGUUUGUUUGUUUUUUUGUUUGUUUUCCUGAUUAGUUUGCUUUUCCGUGGUUUCCCGUCAUACUUCUCUGCCUACUAAAGUCAACAGUUGUACAUGUAUUGUGAGUUUUAAAAGGCAGACGCUCGCGCAAGACCAUUUUCAUGAGUUUAUUUUUGAACUGGAAGACUAUUUUCGGGACUUUGGCUGCAGAUCAGGGUGGCACCAACAACAUGGGGCUCGCGGUCUGGAUGUGCUGGCUGCUGGCUCUCCCGCUGCUCCAGUCUGCCAAGAUCCUGACUGUCUGCCUAAUUGGAGGAAGCCACUACUUGCUAUUUGACGAGAUCUCGCAUAACUUUCACCUGCACGGCCACGAGGUCCGCAUGCUCCUGCAACUGGGAAACCCUCUGAUUACAGGUUUGUCCUAUGCUAGCCGCAACGGCAGCUACCAGACCAGCACUUGGUCCCUCGGAGAAGAUUACAUCAAACAAUACAACGGCUGGUUCUUGGAGCAGCAGGCGCAGUUUUUACUGGGACGGGACAGCUUCAAUGGCUUUUUGAACUUCAUGGGCCACCUUUCCUAUCAGUGUGACAAGCUCUUGGGAGACAGCGACCAAAUCUCGUUCCUCCAGAGCGAGCAAUACGACAUUGCGGUCCUGGACGCUUUUAACCCCUGCUCCUUCAUCAUAGCACACAAACUCGGCGUCCCCUACAUCGCCUUCUAUCCGGGCCCUCUGAACGGGCCGCUGUCCAUAGCUUCGCCCUCCUCCGUCUCCUCAGUCCCGGCUUUCAGCUCUCAGUUGUCCGACCGUAUGGACCUCUUGGGUCGUGCAAAGAACUUCAUCUACUCUCUCCUGGGUGCUGUAGGCCAACAAAUUGUUUGGUCCAUAUUCAAGGACGUAGCUGAGCGCCACCUAAACUCGGGAUCCCCCCCGGGUAGCCUGGACGAGUUCCUCCAGAAGGCCGAACUCUGGGUCUUCAACACAGAUUUUUCCCUGGAGUUCCCCCAGCCUCUCCUGCCUUGCACCGUGUUGAUCGGGGGUCUCCUCAAUAAACCUCCUGAGCCCCUGGAUCAGGAUCUUGACUUGUGGAUCUCCAGUUUUGGAGAGUCGGGUUUCAUUGUCGUGACCAUGGGAUCGAUGGUGUCUACCGUUUCUGUGGACCGGCUUCUGGUGGAGCUGGUAGACGGCUUCUCCGUAAUCCCCCAGGGUGUGAUCUGGAGGUACAACCGCGAGCGUUGGCCGGCCCACCUUAGUAAACCGUCCAACGUCCUACUUGUGGACUGGCUGCCUCUCAAUGACUUGCUCGGACACGAAAAGGCGCGUCUCUUCAUCACCCACGGAGGCCAGAACAGUCUCCUCCAGGCCGUGUAUCACGCCGUGCCCGUGCUGGGCAUCCCGCUGUUUGGGGAUCAGUUCGACAACGUGGUGAGGGCUGAAGCCAAAGGCCUGGGCCUCGCCAUCAGCCCCACGCGCAUCACUGGCGAGCUGCUCAGCGCCACCAUCCAAACGGUCGUACGGGACGGCAGGUUCAAGGCGGCGGCUUUGUCUCUGAGCCGCAUCCACAGAUCGCAGCCCACGCCCCCCGCAAUCCGACUGCUGCAGUGGGUGGAGCACAUACUGCAGAGCGGCGGGGGCGCGCACCUGAGGCCGACCUCGCUCCAGCAGCCGUGGUACCAGCGAUACCUGCUGGACCUGCUUCUCCUCGUCCUGACGGGCCUCGCCGGGUCAGUCCUUCUCUGCUGGAUUUUCUGUAAGGCCAAGACUGGCAAAAGUGACAUCAAGAAAUUGCAAUAGUAGCAUUCCUUUGCUGUCUCGGUAAAGCCCGGCCGGGUUAAGCGUCUUGCUCAAGGGAAUUGAACCCAGGGCCUUUAGAUCACAGGCUGCAUUGGUGACCACAAUUACCAUCCCGACUGCAACCACGGGAUGGAUUUUGUGUUCAAAGGAGACCGACAUGUUGACAUCGUAGAAGAUCUUUCCAUGACCAAAAGU